AUGACUAGACGAGGAAGUUGUGAUUUCCCUCCUUCCGCACGAGAAGAGUUGAGGAGACAGUUUGUGGAGUUACGCCAAGGUACUACAUCCUUGGUGCAGUUUGAAACAUGGUUUGCUAACCUGUCGAGGUUUGCUCCAGAAUUGGUGGAGACGAAGGAAUUGCGUUGUUCGAAAUUUGAGAGUAGGCUGUGUGAUGACAUCCGUGAAAGGAUUGCGGGGUCAUGGCAUAGGAGUUAUAGUGUGCUAGUCCGGGCUGCAACUCAUGUGGAGGUAGCGGUACUAGCUAUGGGGCAAAAUAGGGAAGAGGCCACGGUUUUGAGUGUUGGUCGGGUUAGGGAGGAGGCUACUUCGACGACUCAUGUGAUUCAGAGUGUUAGUAGUCCUUUUAAGAGGCAGAAGGGUUUUAAUCCACAACAAUUUCAGAGAGCUCAGUCCGGCUCUACUUUUCCAGUGCCGAGUCUAGGUUUGGGAAAGGGUGAACGUAAGGUUGUCACAUGUUUCGAAUGUGGUCAGCUUGGCCACAAGUCCCUAGCUUGCCCACAGAAAAAGAGAGCAGGGUUGGCAGUCCGACCUGUACCAUCAUAA